CGCGUUCCAUACGGCAUGCGUCUUCCAAUCUUGCCUGCACUCGUCUCUACCAUUGCGCUCGUGAACGCCAGGGUGGUCCAACAACGCACUGUUAGCUCCAACCACGGAACGAUCACCUCUCCUUCGACUGGCACCCUAGUCUCCAACGUUGGAGGGGACGCAAUUCCCUUCGCAUAUAGCGACAGCAAUUGGUGUCAUAAUGGGUAUAGCACCACCACCGCCUGGCUCCUCGACUACGAGCCCACCACCGCCAACAUCGACGCUGCAACUGGCCUGCCUAGCAACCCCAUCUACCAGUUCGGCACGUAUUUGAUCCCCAAUUUCGGGCUCCCGCCUCUUUCUGGGUCGAACCCACCACCACCAUCGACACUGACAACACCUGCCCUCGCUCCAGCAUACGCAUCCGGAAGAAGCCUUUAUCUUGCUGUAAUCGAGACAGCCACAGCCUGCCCGCCGGGAGUUAAUAUUCCGCCACAGUAUGGGGUGACAUCGGUCAAGCUUGUUGUUGCUUGA